UGCUCCUCUCUAACGAAGACACGGUUCGAUGUGUAAACCUUCCCCUUCUCCAGCUUCUCCAGCCUGCAAUUCCAGGACAUCCCUAGUACAGAUGAAACCGAAAUCCUGUAUCAGCGGCCAUAACCCUGUCAGCAGCAACUCAAAGCCAUUCAAAACGCCCAAAGACAAUCUACUUACCUCCAGUAGCAAACAGCACACAGUCUUUCCUUCAAAAGUAUCACGGGAUAAACCAUGCGUUCCUGUUCCAGUAGUCAGUCUAGAGAAAAUUCCUAACCUAGUGAAGGCAGAUGGUGCCAAUGUUAAAAUGAAUUCUGCAACCACUACCACCAUCACCUCCUCCUCAGCCUCGUCAUCCACCAUACCUGCUCCAACUUUGGUUAAAUCUGGUUUGACAUCCAAGUCAGUGCCACCGUCACCAGAAAAGAUUCUGAAUGGCAAAGGAAUUAUAGCUCCAUCAAUAGACAAGAAACACCAAAAUGGCACUAAAAGCAGUAACAAGCCUUACAAAAGACUUUCAGAAAGAGAAUUUGACCCAAAUAAACACUGUGGAGUACUGGAUCCUGAAACAAAGAAACCUUGCACAAGAUCGCUCACCUGCAAGACUCAUUCACUUAAUCAUCGACGAGCAGUUCCAGGCCGUAAAAAACAGUUUGACAUCCUUCUAGCUGAACACAAAGCUCGAUCCAGGGAAAAAGAAGUUGCAAAAGACAAAGAGCAUCCACCGUCUGCAAGGGAAAGCUAUCAGAGCCAGCCCACACCAGCACAAGACUCUCUGUCAGGAUCUUCAGUGAACUCUGGGCAAGAAUCUAAAGUAACAUCUCCUGCAAAAUCUAGACCACCAAAUUCUGUACUUCCAAGACCGUCAUCUGCAAAUAGCAUAAACAGCAACAGUUCUUCAAACCACAGUGGGUACGUACCAGAACUGCCACUGCCUUCCAUGGGAGGAGAUUUAACGAGCAGAUUGUCCAGUGAUGAAGGAGAAGCGGAUGGAGCUGAAGAAUCUGAGAAAUUAGACUGUCAUUUUUCUGGACACCAUCCCAGACCUCUUGGGUUUUGUUCAUAUGGCAGUCGCUUAAUGGGAAGAGGGUACUAUGUCUUUGACAGAAGAUGGGACCAUUUUCGAUUCGCACUAAACUCCAUGGUAGAAAAACACUUGAACUCACAGAUGUGGAAGAAAAUUCCUCCUGCGGCAGAUAGUCCCAUGCCUUCUCCAGCAGCACAUGUCUCCAGUCCUUUUCCAGCAUCAGUCUUGCAGCCUUUCAGCAACCCCAGUGCAGUGUAUAUUCCUUCAACGCCUAUCAGUUCAAGAAUCACUUCUUCUUCUUACAUAAUGACAUCAGCCAUGUUAUCAAAUGCAGCCUUUGUGACAACGUCAGAUACGAAUUCCAUUAUGUCACACACUACAGCUUUUCCUCAUGUGGCUGCAAGCCUAAGUAUCAUGGACUCAACUUUUAAGGCGCCAUCAGCUGUGUCACCAGUGCCAGCAGUCAUCCCUUCCCCAUCCCACAAGCCAUCCAAAACAAAAACCAGCAAAUCCUCAAAAGUGAAAGACCUGUCAUCUCGGAGUGAUGAGUCUUCAAGUAACAAAAAGAAAAAGCCGCAGUCGUCGUCGUCAUCAUCGUCCUCAUUAUCUUUGCAGACAUCUUCCUCAUCUUCAUUUUCAGGGUCCCACAAAAAGAACUGUGUCCUGAACCCCAGUUCAACUUUGAACUCCUAUCAGGCUACAUCUUCCUAUAACAGUAUGUCUGUGCACAAUACAAAUAAUGGAACAAGCCCACUCAGUGCCAAAUCGGAGCCCUCAGGACGGACUUCAUUAUCAAGUAGUUCAACAGACUCAGUGAAACAUAUGAGCAUGGUAGUAAGCAGUAUUGACUCUUCUAAUCUGUCUGUAUCUUCUCUUGUGCACCAUUCAGGGGACCACUCCCUGGGAGCACAUAAUGCAGUGUCUUCUCUACCCCUUUCUUUUGACAAAUCAGAAGGAAAAAAACGUAAAAACUCUAGUUCUAGUAGCAAAGCCUGUAAAAUCACUAAAAUGCCUGGUAUGAAUAGUGUUCAUAGAAAGAGCACUGCCAACCUUAUUUCUGCGGUGCCAGAUCCUACAAGCAGCUCCAUCUCUCGGCAGAUUGGAAAAAAUAGCAAUGUAGCUUUGUCACAAUCCAGUCCUUCGAGUACAUCAAACCCUGUACACAACAGACAAAAGACAUCAAACCGGACUGGUAGAAUAAGGACUCUUCCAUAACAAGGAAAAGGAACCAGCCUAUAAUCUCUAGCUCUCAGCAGCCCUACUCCACAGGGUUUUUCUUUUCUAUGUCCUGCAGGUGGAUUUAACCUUUUAUGAAUUUGUGGUUUUAAAGAGAAUUAAAUUUACAGAAAACUGUAAUAGUGAUUUGUUUAGUUUUUCACUUGUAUUUGCCACUGAUCUGUGCGUUCUGCUUGGUUAUGUUUCAUGCCUUUUAAAGCUGUUAGCGUUGCAAUGCUCCCUUUGUUUCCUUACCAGAACACAGCGGACAUUCCGAAAAAAAAAUCCAGAUCAUUAUUUGAAU